AGUUGCUUCCCUCAAGGGUUGAUUUACGAUGAUGUAAUUGAAAUCGAUCCAAUUGGACACCGGUAACCCAGAGGGGCUGUCAGGAAAGCCUGGAAUCGAAUGUCUAAAGUCUAAAAAAUAAAUUUCCGGCUACUACUUUAAACUCCAUUAAAAUAGAGUUUAAGCUAUAAUCAGUAGUCUACCUUUGGUCGAUAGUGUUUAAUCGAAGGUAUGGCUGUCGAUGAUCGAUUCAGUGCUGUUGACUAUGUGGUUUUCUCCAUCAUGUUGCUGAUCUCGGCGCUGAUCGGAGUAUGGUACGGCUGCGGACCUGGUGGAAAACAGAAGACAACUGCUGAAUAUCUCCUGGGAGACCGACAAAUGAAAAAGUGGCCAGUCGCGAUAUCUCUUCUGGUGUCGUCUCUCUCAGCCAUAACUAUACUGGGCUUGCCGGGAGAGAUAUAUACUUAUGGAACCCAGUUUUAUGUUGUUAUCUUAAGCUACGUUUUGGUUUGUGCAGCCGUAAGCACUGUGUAUAUUCCUAUGUUUAGACGGAUCAAGAUCACAUCUGUAAAUGAGUACCUUGAAAGACGUUUUUCUCUUGGCAUGAGAAUGGUGGGCUGCUUUUCCUUCAUAGUUGCAUCUACUCUGUACCUGUUCGUGGCGCUGUUCGCUCCAUCGCUGGCACCGGAAGCUGUUGCAGGCAUCCCUCUGACAGUUUCUAUCUUGGCCACUGGUGUGGUUUGCGUGUUUUAUACAUCUCUGGGUGGCCUAAGAGCAGUGGUGUGGACAGACGUGUUUCAGUCGGUGAUUAUUCUGGCGGGUCUCAUCAUUAUAGCUGUCGGAGGAGUAGUAGAAGUUGGCAGUCUGAGGGAAGUCUGGGAUAUUAACCAGAGGCACGGACGAAUUAACUUUUUCGACUUUAACCCAGACCCCCGGGUUCGCAACACAUUUUGGACAAUUACCAUAGGAGGGGCUCUCGGUGUACUUCCAAUCUGGGCUAUCGCUCAGAUUUUUGUCCAACGGUAUCUUGCAGUAAAGACGCUCAGAGAUGCUAGAAGAGCACUGUGGUUGAACUUCCCAGGCCUGUUUCUCGUGGUAACUAUUUGCGUGCUGGACGGAAUGGUGAUAUUUGCCACGUACGCCGAUUGUGAUCUGAAAGAACAAAGAAAGAUCACAACGGGAGAUCAGCACUACAUCAUCAGCUCUAAAUUCCAUGUCUUUGGUGGCACUGGAGGACAUCAUUAAGAAGAAGACAACACUGACUGACUCAGACGCCGCUAAAAUCAGUAAAAUACUCGGUGAGCAAUGUUUUCUUCAUAAUUAUUUAAGUUUUGUUAUUUUGAGGAAAUAAAACAAUUAAUAAUAAAAACAACUGGCUAUGAUUACGUAUAAAAUCCAUUAUAAUCUUUCCCCAAUGUACCUGAGGCGGAGUUUUACAAACACAACAUCGAUGCAGACAUCCAAAAUAAAUGUAUCCCGGACGAAAUUUAUUUAUUUUAUUUUACAACUUGUAUUAUAACGCAUAACAAUAGCGUAAUUUAACAAAACAUUGAUGCAUCCACGUUCGAUAUUUUGUCCGUAAAAAAACCGCAUACUAGUUCGAGUACAAAAAACGCGAUGCGUUUAACUUACCGUGUAAUAGUCUCGUCUGGGACUCGAAGGAUCGUUUGCGCUCGGAAUAGUCAAAUGGCUUCCAGCUCAUCCCAAAUUCGAGCUUUCCACUAGAGAGAGAGAGAACAAUUUACAGGUUUUCACAGAAGCGGCGAACCCGAGAACGAAGAAAUC